UCAGAGAUGUUAGUGGGGAGCCGGUUGACAGGAGCACUUAGUGCGCCAGUGUACUGCAACACAGUAGCCGACAGUGAUGUCAAACUCCAAGUCACAGAACCGGACUCCUUAGUCGUUGGAUACACUAUGAAACCAUUCUACUGUUUGGACCAUAUAGGCUAAUAGGUGGAACCAACAUAAGUUACCAAAAGGAUUGUUGAACUCGAAUGCUUUCCCUGGAACACAAUCAUUGUUCAUCGUUAUCACAGCUCGCCGACUAAAUCUACCAAGUUUAGAAGAACGUGACCGGCAGGAACAGAUCUGACUUGACCAGAAGAUGGCAGGAACCAGACACCAGGGUUACUGUAGCGGAGGACUGUGGUGGGCGUGACACUGAGAGACCUGGAUAAACUUGCGCGCUGACACUUCCUGUCCCUUCUGAAGCCUUUAAAAGCUAAAACAGGAGUGAAUAUUUCUCUUUUUUUAUGGGAUGCCCUUACAUUCUGAGAAACUUCCACUUCCUGUCCUGUCUAAAAGCUUUAAAGGGUAAAGGAGCUCUGCAUAUCUCCUCUCGCACUUCUUGUUUGGGGGACAUUUUUGGACCGUACGAGAUGCCCAUUCUGAAGCAGCUGGUGUCCGGAUCGUCCCAGUCCAAGCGCCGCUCGCGGCUCGACCUAACCACCGAGAUGAUCAGCGCCCCGCUGGGGGACUUCCGCCACACCAUGCACGUGGGCCGGGGGGGGGACACGUUUGGAGACACGUCCUUCCUGAGCAGCCACUCCGGGGAGCCCCCGCGUGCCGGCGACUGCAUGCCCCGCUCCCCCAGACCGAGCCUGCUGUCCAGAACCUUCCGCAGCAGCAAGCGCUCCCAGUCGGUCACGCGAGUGGACCGGUGCGCGAACACGCUGGCGCCCCUCCCGGGCUCCCCCGCCCUUGUGAAGAACGCCCUGUCCCUGCCGCACCUCAAUGAUGGGGACAGGGAGGCAGGGCGGGAUGGUGGGGGAGGGCUGCAUAAAAGUCUCUCCUCCAGCCCCAUGAAGCAGCCAUCUGAGACGGAUGGCAAGCCCGUUAAUGGGGCCGUGGACCUGGAGCAGGCGGAGCGGAGUUUCGGGGAGCUGACGGACCUGCCCGUCUCCUCGGCCCCUCGGGCUGGGGCCAUGAGGCGCACCGAGUCCGUCAUGUCCUUCUGCGUGGACCUGGGGCCCUCCAUGCUGGGGGAUAUCCUGGACGUGAUGGAGAAAGAGGGCGACAACCUUGACUGCGAGGAGGGAGGGACGGCCACACCACUCGACGCCCAGGAUGAGGGAGACCAGGAGGAGGACAAGAAGGAGGAGCAGAAAGAGGAGAAGGCGGAGGAGGAAGAAGGAGACUCACAGGAGCCCACUGUCCAGCCUCCCAUCACUGAGACGAUGGAGAACCCCAUCAAACACCCUUGUGCCCCAGUGACCGAGCCCAAAGACCCAGAGAACCACCAGCUGGACUCCUGCUCCCUUUCCAGCUCAGCUUCCAGCCCCCUGGAGGAGAUGCCUCCCAACCAGCUGCAAGGAGGAGAAACAGACUGCACCGAGUUUAGCCCCUCACGGGGGGAGGAAGAGAGCUUCUCUUUCAUGGAGGAGGAAGAUGAUGAAAUCAGAGUGUAAAAAGACCAAAAAAAACAAAAACAUAAAUGACUAAGACUGACAGAGAGUGUGAGAGAGGGAGGGAGGGAGUGUGAGAGAGAUAAGUGCAAGAGAGAUAAAGAGAAGAAGCGCUAACAGGCUAAGUCUGCUAAUUGGCAGUGUACCGUUUCCAGGAACAGCUGCUCCUUCUGGAGACACAAGUGAACAGGAGUUUCUCUUAAUUUAUACCAUGGAAGCCUUGGGUCUGAAUUCUGAUCCAGUUCUGCUACAUUUAGAAUUGAAGAAUUUCAGUAUGUCUCCAUUGAGGGCAGGCAUGUGUGAUAGUUAACACUUACAGUUGGAAUAAAGACUCUUUGUUACAUACACGAGUGCAUUGAGAGCAGUAAUAAAGGGUUAUUAACUGCACAUUGGUACAUUAACAGUAGUCAUAUAGACUCAUUAAAUACACAUUGGUGCAUUAACAUCAGUAUUAAAGGGUUAUUACAUACACAUCGGUACAUUAAGAGCAGUCAUAAAGUCUAAUUACAUACACAUUGGUCCAUUAACAGCAGUAAUAAAAGGUUAUUACAUACACAUUGGUACAAUAACGUCAGAAAUAAAUAAUUAUUGCAUACUCACUGGUACAUUGACAGCAGUAAUAAAGGUUCAUCACAGUUCCACUCAUGUCUCAUUCACUCAGGAGUACGGGUUGCUGCUUCAGAACUGUGGGUUUUUUGGGACCCUGCUCUGCCCGAACCAGACUUGAGGCAGUCACAGAAGAGCUUAGGUGACUGCGGUGGUGGUCACUUUAUAGAAAUGAAUGGACCGUGCCUGUAAUUGCCUGCGAACACAGCAGGCCCUCAGCAGGAUCUGCAUAUGUGUCAGACAGUAGAGGAAGUGUGCCAGCGGUUUCAGAUAAACAAAAGCUGCGAGUCCAAAUACUUCUUUUUAUUUUUAUUUUUUUGUUGUCAGAGAGGAAGGUGUGCUUCUGUGUGCCAAAACUACAGGAUGUCAUUCUGUGGUUACCUUCACACCAAAGCUCGCCAGUAUACUUUCAUCAUUUUCUCAACGCUGUGGAUUUACUCCAGGUUCAGUGACACUGGCGUAUUUGUGGCUAUCAAGGAACUGGAGGUGCAGAAACGGUUAUUGUUCUGAUUAGAAAAGAGCCAGAUGGACUGUGUAAAUGGCAGUGGUUGGGGAAUGUGCGCCACCUACAGGUGUGGAGUGGU